CUGUUUUGCUUCCAGUCCAGCUAAAGAAAAGAAAGCAAAGCGCUUGUAAACAAUUUUCUAUUCGCUCAAACAUUCCUGUUGAUCUCUAGAAUUUCAUUCAUUUUGUGAUAUAAAUCAGUAGAAACAUUUAGUUUAAUAUCAUGCUGUACAACUAUUAUAGUUUAGUAUUAUUAUUGCUGUCCGUACGAACCGGAUUCACCGGUGAAGAUGUGUGCAAACCCCAAACGUCGUGCUCGAAGGAACCAUCUGAAGAAACACAAUCCACCCAUCUGUACAAAUCAGCUGACAAUAAAAUAAUAUCGCUAAUCGAGCAAGCCCUAGCAAAUUACGCACCCUGCCAGAAGGCCAACUGCUCGUGUCACGCCGAUGUUCUCAAGGCUGACCUGCGGCCGUUCCGAUCCGGUAUCAGCCACCAUAUGGUCGAGCGAGCCGCAACAUUCGGCACCAAAUAUCAAAUCAUCGACCGCCGGCUGUUUCGGCAGAAGGAUUGCAUGUUUCCGGCUCGCUGCUCCGGGGUGGAACACUUCAUUAAACCCCAUCUGAGCGGUCUACCCAACAUGGAACUGAUCGUCAACUGCCGUGAUUGGCCACAAGUCAACCAACACUGGGGUCACCAGGAAAAACUGCCCGUGCUUUCGUUCAGUAAAACUGAAGACUACCUGGACAUAAUGUACCCAACGUGGGCCUUCUGGGAGGGAGGUCCGGCUAUUUCUCUGUACCCAACCGGCCUGGGACGGUGGGACCAGCAUCGCAGCUCGAUUGGGAAAAUUGCACAGCAACAGUGGCCGUGGGAUAAGAAGAAAGGAAAAGCUUUCUUCCGUGGAUCGAGAACGACAAACGAGAGGGACGCUCUGGUUUUACUGUCCCGCCGGAAGCCGGAACUGGUUGAUGCUCAGUAUACGAAGAAUCAAGCGUGGAAAUCACCUGAAGACACGCUGAAUGCGGAACCAGCAAAGGAGGUGCGCCUGCAGGAUCACUGUCAGUAUAAAUUUUUAUUCAAUUUCAGAGGAGUUGCGGCUAGUUUUCGCUUCAAGCAUCUCUUCCUGUGUAAGUCUUUGGUGUUCCAUGUAGGCCACGAGUGGCAGGAAUUUUUCUAUCCUUCCCUAAAACCAUGGGUGCACUACGUGCCGGUCAAGGUGAACGCGGGUCAAGAUGAGCUGGAGGAACUGAUUCGAUUUUUUGUGGAGCAUGACCAUCUGGCACAGGAAAUAGCCGCUCGUGGUUUCGAGCACAUUUGGAAUCACCUGGAUAUGAAGGAUGUCCAGUGUUACUGGAAAAGGCUGCUAAGGAGGUACGGUAAACUUGUCAAGUACGAAGUGCAACGGGAUGUCGAUUUGAUCGAAAUAUUUUAAGACAAAUCGUAAGACGCUAAGUGUUUUAUACAGUUAAGAUUGACUUCUAACGAUUCUCUUGCUGCAUUUGUAUUUGAAAUAAAU